AUGGCCGCCUCUUCUGCAGGACCCGAAUUUGGAGAAAAUAUCAUCCUAGAGACCGGCCUGGAGUACACGCAGAAACCGGCUCAUGUCUACCUUACAUCCUCACGGCUCAUCAUCGAACACAGGCUGGAGUCGACGAGUCGCGACGGUAAUCUAGAAGCCGGUCCCAGCACAGAUCUCAGAUGUCUGAUCAUCCACCUACAGGAAGUGGUUGCUGUGAGAGCUGACAACCCGUGCUCAACCAGGGGCAAAACAUCUCAGCUCAAACAUCAACAGAAACCAUGUUUGUUGCAAGAUGACCGAACAUCACAGACCAGUUCUUUCACUUUGUAUGUAAUCAAGAGAAUAUCAAAACAUCGAUGGCGACACAAGAGUUGCCAGUUUGUUUGUCACGACUAUGGAACUUGCCAGAUUUGGGUUGAUAAAAUUAAUGAGCUACUGAAGAAUCCAGAAUGGAGGAGACCUAAGCGGCUGCUGGUGUUCAUCAACCCGUUUGGUGGCAAGAAGAGGGCGGUAAAAAUAUUCCAAGACAAAGUCCAGCCCUUGUUUGAGAUGGCAGGCAUUUAUUCAGAGGUCAUUGUGACCAAGAGACAGUACCAUGCCCGAGAUGUCAUCUAUGAAUAUGAUCUGGAGACUGUGGAUGGCCUGGUUAGUGUUGGAGGGGAUGGCACCUUCUCCGAAGUAAUGAACGGAUUGUUGGAUCGCACUAACUCCGAUGCUGGCAUUGAGCAGUCUUUCCGUCACAAGCCUAAAAGUCCGUCACUUCGUAUCGGCAUCAUUCCAGCAGGUUCCACAGAUGCUGUAGCCUACACUCUUGUUGGCAUUAAUGACCCUGUCACGUCCGCCCUGCAGAUUAUCAUUGGUGACUGUGUCGGUGUGGAUGUGACAGCCCUGUACAAGAAAGAAGAGUUCCUCAAAUACACCAUCACUAUGUCCAGUUAUGGUUACUAUGGUGACCUGCUACAAGACAGUGAACAUCUGCGCUGGAUGGGACCCAACCGUUACACCUGGAGUGGUCUGAAGACAUUCCUGGCCAACAGAUCAUAUGAGGGACAUAUUUCCUUUCUCCUGGCAUCAGAGGAAGACAGUCACCCCAGGGAUAACUCUGUUUGCUACGCCGGCUGUGACAAGUGCAGGAAGGCAGCCCUCAAGAAUGAGCAGGCCCGGGGAGACAGCAGACAGCUGGAGUUUGACCUGGGGUCAGCAGGUGAUGUGGCUUCAGUAUCUAGUAAACGGGCCAGUUUCAUGAUGAAGGAUGGCUGGCACCAUGUUCGAGGAAAGUUCAGCGCCAUUACAGUAGUCAACAUCAGCUGUAGGUCCCACCUGAGUCCACAAGGCCUGUCACCAUCCUCACAUCUGGGCGACGGCUGCAUUGACCUCAUCCUGGUACAGGACUGUUCUCGACUCCAGUAUCUACGGCACAUGAUACGGAUACCAAACAGGAAGUCAGACCAGUUUGACUUUGACUUUAUUCAAGUCUACCGGGUGAAGGAGUUUAGUUUCCAGCCAGUGUCUGAGCCGGAGGAUAUGGAUGUCGGGGAAGGGGAGGAGCGAGGUGGUUGUGGGAGGAAGCGUGGAGGCCUGGUGAAGCUGACAACUGGUUCCCACAGGAGCAGCGUGUGGAACUGUGACGGGGAGCUGGUGGAGAAUCCCAGUUUGUACAUUCAGGUACAUUGUCAGUUAAUCAAAUUGUUUGGUCGAGGUGUGGAGGAUUUGAACCCGGAUGCCUCCCUGCAGUGCCUGUCGUGUUGUUCAUCUUGUGACCAGGAGAAGUGA